CAAUGUGUUGUUUUGUAGAAUGUAACCGUUAAGCGUCUGGGUAACUUGGAUAAGUGACUUGCAAGAAUCCGGCAUACAACCAAACGCCAUCAAAAAUGUCUAUUAUGUCCUACAAUGGUGCGGCUGUAAUGGCCAUGAAAGGGAAAGAGUGUGUGGCCAUUGCUGCUGACAGAAGGUUUGGUAUUCAGGCUCAGACUAUCAGCACAGAAUUUGAUAAAAUCUUCCAGAUGGGACCCAGACUUUUUGUUGGUCUUCCAGGAUUGGCCACAGAUGUACAGACAGUUGCUCAGCGUUUGAAGUUUCGAUUGAAUCUUUAUGAGCUGAAGGAAAACAGAAGAGUGAAGCCUAAAACCUUCCUAAGCAUGGUUUCUAAUCUGCUCUACAGUAGAAGGUUUGGUCCUUACUUUGUGGAGCCAGUGGUGGCUGGUCUUGACCCCAAAACGAGUGAACCUUUCAUAGCCAGCUUGGAUCUCAUUGGCUGUCCCAUGGUGACAGAAGACUUCGUGGUGUCCGGAACCUGCAGUGAACAGAUGUACGGAAUGUGUGAGACACUCUACAAACCAAAUCAGGAACCCGAUGAUCUGUUUGAGACGAUAUCCCAGUGUCUGCUGAAUGCUGUAGAUAGGGACGCAGUGUCUGGCUGGGGUGGUGUGGUGUAUAUCAUCGAAAAGGACAAAGUCACUAAACGUCUACUAAAGGGAAGGAUGGACUAGUGUUCAGGUUUUGUUCAAAGCAUCGUGCUAAUGUUACCAAGUCGCUGCAGGAAACCAUGUAUUCUAAAGACAUCAGAGCACCGUGUAACAGAUUUAAGAUGAUGUAUUUCAGUACAAGUGUCGCAGUUGUAACUAUUUGAUUAUUCUUGUGCAAAUAUACCUAGAAAAUUGUAUAUUUACUUACCUGACAUGCUUACUAAAGCUACAGUGAAAAAAAGAACACAAUAUUGCAAAUGAUUUUGUUACUUCAUUUAAAACUGUUAUCAUUGAUAUAUUUGUCAUUCAUGAACUUUAAAUUUA